AUGGCAGUAAAAUUGACACCAAAAAUUCGGCAGGGUCGAAGGACUUCGAAACCAAGAUGGCGUUGCCUUCUUCUCCAAUCUGAAAAAUGCACCGAAAAUCAUUUUAGAUGGGUUGAACACCAACUAUAUAGGAUAUUUAUUACAGAUGUAAGUUUUGCUAUAACUUUUUCAAGUAUGGAAAAGUAUAUUUUAUGUAAGAAAUUUUUUUUCAUUUUAAUAAAAAAUUCUACCUGGUCACUAGUAUAAGCAGUUAUACUCCAAGAUUAAAACAUGUUCAUUAUAUAUUGUUAAGUCAAAACCAAUCAUCUGGACACGGUCUUAAAAAGUUAACCUAGUCGAGAAAAGUCCCUUGUAUAAAAAACUGACAUUGAAGCCCCCCCCCCCUUUUUUCCGUAUUUUCUCUUAUUGUAUAUUUGUACAAAUUCUAUUGAAAGUAAUCAAAAAUUACUAUUAUUUUUUUAGAAAGAUUGCAAAAGAAAAUAUAAAACCACACCAUCAAACCAAGAAAAAUAGUUCAUGAACUGUCUCAGGUAUAUAUCAGUAUUAAUUGUUAUCUAAAGUCCGUGUGUAUUUCAGCUUUACAAUGGACAUUUGCAUUAUAGACUAAAUUUUGAUCUAGACAAAAAUUUCAUCACAGCUUGAAAGAGCAUCACAAAAUAAGUAAUAUUCCAAAGUUUCGUUGCGAAAUGUUGUAAAAUGCGGAUAAUAUAGCCUUGCGAAGUUUGCCGUUUUCAGUCAUUUUGUAUUACGCACGGGAAAUUGACAGCCCAAUCGGGUAUUGGGGCAUCGAUUUCCCGUUUGUAACACAAAAUGACUGAAAAUUGCAAAUUUCGCAAGGCUAUAUUAUCCGCAUUUUAAAACAUUUCGCAACGAAACUUUGGAAUAUUACUUAUUUUGUGAUGCUCUUUGUUUUUUAUUUUGUGAUGAAAUUUUUGUCUAGAUCAAAAAUUUGUCUAUAAUGCAAAUGGUCCAUUGGUUUAGGCUUUAUUUAUUCUAUAAUUGUAAAUUAUAUAUUAUUUCUUUUUCUCCAGCAAGAUUGUCAUGAACCGUACAAAAUGAAACCGCUGACAGAAAAGAUAAAGGAAAAAUGUCGCUCAGGUAUAUAUAAUAUAUAUUAAUUUUCAUCUAUAUAUAUGUGCUUUGCUAUUCGUUCAGGCUUUAGUUAGAUAUUUCAUCAGCAGCCCAAUGGUUAGGAUGUUAAAUAUUUGACUAUUAAAAAUAUUUAUUUUUUAAUAAAACUAUGCCUGCUACGCUUCGGACGAAAAUAUAAUGAUGUCUGUAUAUACUCUAGAUAACAACACAAUUCGGCAGAUCUGUUUGAAACCAGGGGCGACGUCACUCACUGCAUGAUAAUGGUAAUUUUUCAUAAGAUUGGCAUACACGAAAAUCAAAAUAUACAUUGCUAUAAAUUCCUACCAGAGGACCUAUAUAGUGUAGCAUUGUUCGCAACUAAAUUAUUCAUAUAUUGUAAUUACUCAAUUCUUUUCAAUGAUCUAUUGUAUUGGUAGCCGUUGCCGUCGCGUUGCAGUCCUAAAAUCGUGAGGUCUCUAUUCUUUCUCCGAAGACGGCCCGUCAAUUAUAUUAAAUACAUGGUGUAACGACAAAUAGUUCCUUAUUUUCACUAUGAACGCCAUGGAAAGCUUUAAAGAAAGCAAUUGUAUUGUUACUGAAAUAAUCUAGACGUAUAUUCAUUUUUAUAUUAUCGCCUUAUUUAACAAGGCAGGGACGGUUUUGGAAUGGAAUAUUUUGGUCAAAUAUUUAACCAAUCUCGUACCCAAUCUCGUUCCCAGAGUAUGCCUGUUCGCGGGUACCUAACCCACGAACAGGCAUACUCUGGGAACGAGAUUGUCUCGUACCCAGAGCAAUGCCUGUGCGCGGGCUAGGAUGGCAUUGGCUCCGGGAAAAUUGAAUUUUUCCUGUGCUGUGAUUGGUUUAACGUUUGUCAAUCGUGCAUGCCGACAAAGAACCGGAACCCCUAAAUUUAGGGGUUCCGGUUGUCAAUUUUCCCAGAAAUUUCCUUCCUAGCCCGCGCACAGGCAUUGCUCUGGGCACGAGAUUGAUAUUUAACAUGCCUUAGACGCAUAAUUAAAAUUUAAGGUUUUUAAUUAGCCACUAGUUUUGGCCCGUGUUCCACUAAAAUUUGCCUGGCCUAUGGAGAGAGCAGCAAAACCUAGGUUGCUCUACGAAUUUUUAUAUUUCACUCGCGAUUAAAAUGUGAAGCAUUUUUCUAAACUCGAUAAUCUGGGGUUUUUUGGCGGGGGUUUAGUAAUGUUGGGGUCGUGUCCGUAUCUCUACUUCCUCAGCUAUUCCAACCCUAUAUUAUCAGUACUUCACCCUCUCUCAUACUUAAAAUGGAUUUUCCUAAAAUUGUCAUCGUUUACUUUCUCACAGGAUCUAAUGUCAAGGAAACUGGAUGCGCCAUUCAAAGACGGAGCACAAAGGGACAAGCAUACCACAGAGAGAUAGAUGAUGACCCGUGCCCAACAGAAGCUGCAAAGAUGCAGAU